ACCAUAAGCCUUCAGAGAAAGUUCGUACUCGCACUCAUCAUAAGUCAUAAGCCCAUCUGAGAGUCGCUGCAAAAUGGCAAAAUCCCCAGAAGAGGAACACCCGGUGAAAGCUUUUGGAUGGGCGGCUAGAGAUCACUCUGGGCAUCUGUCUCCCUUUAACUUCUCUAGAAGGGUAACAGGAGAGGAGGACGUGAGUUUUAAAGUGUUGUAUUGUGGUAUAUGUCACUCUGAUCUUCACAGCAUCAAGAAUGAAUGGGGCAACGCCGCCUACCCUAUGGUGCCUGGGCAUGAAAUUGUAGGAGUUGUAACAGAAGUUGGAAGCAAGGUAGAAAAAUUCAAAGUUGGAGAUAAAGUGGGUGUGGGAUGCCUGGUUGGGGCAUGCAACUCCUGUGAGAGCUGUUCUGACGACCUUGAGAAUUAUUGUUCCAAACUGAUACUUACUUACAACAUGCCAUACCAUGAUGGAACUAGAACUUAUGGAGGCUAUUCUGAUACGAUGGUGGCUUCUGAGCGUUAUGUAGUUCGAAUACCCGAUAACAUGCCCCUUGCUGCAGGAGCACCACUCCUCUGUGCCGGGAUCACAGUCUAUAGUCCCCUAAAAUAUUUUGGAUUCACCCAACCUGGUAUGCACAUAGGUAUAGUUGGCCUAGGUGGGCUUGGUCAUGUCGCCGUCAAAUUCGCCAAGGCCUUUGGAGUUAAAGUCACAUUAAUCAGUACCUCUCCUAGCAAGAAGAAAGAAGCUAUUGAACAUCUUGGAGCUGACUCAUUUUUGGUUAGUCGCGACCCAGAACAGCUGCAGGCUGCAAUGGGCACAAUGGAUGGCAUUCUUGACACGGUCUCAGCUACUCAUCCCCUCCUACCAUUGCUUGGUCUUUUAAAGAAUAAUGGAAAGCUUAUUAUGCUUGGAGUACCAGAGAAGCCACAUGAGCUGCCAGCAUUUUCUUUGAUUAUGGGAAGGAAGACUGUGGCUGGCAGUGCCAUUGGAGGAAUGAAGGAGACACAAGAGAUGCUUGAUUUUGCUGCAAAACACAACGUGUCUGCAGAUAUUGAGGUUGUUCCAAUGGAUUAUGUGAACACUGCAAUGGAGCGUCUUGCUAAAGGUGAUGUUAGAUAUCGAUUUGUCAUUGAUAUUGGGAACUCCUUGUCUGCCACCAAGCCUUAAGUCUAUUAAAGAUGAGUGUAAGGAGCUUGGAGAUUUAGGCGUUUGAGUGCAAACAGUCUGAUUUCAUAUAGAGUUAUGUAUUGAAUAAAUGACUCCUUGGUACCCUCAAUGGAUGGGCCAAAGCUCCUAUUUCUUUGUGCAUUGAAAGUUGUUUGGCGGCUUAUUUAGCAAUUUCCUCAAGAUUAAGGAGGAUGCAAAACCUAUAUGGAUUUACUACAAGUGUGAGAAUUGUAUUUUCCUUUUUCUUAUUGGCGGAAACUUUUACUUCAAGAUUAAUUUCA